UAUUAUUAAUUUGUAUUAUUUGCUGGCAAAGCAAGCUGUCGUCAGGGACUGAAUGACUGAAAUGCACAAGAAUAUGAAAGUUUACUUAUUCUUGUUUUGUUUUAACUACUAUAGUCACAUCGAGCUGUGCAUCUUCUCCUAACCCUGAACAUAGAAGCAGUUCUCUUUGUCCACUACACUGGUAUUGUAAUUUCCUGUGAAGAGAGUGUUCUGUGCAGGCCAGAAGAUAAUUUGGAAAUGUGUGGUGAACAAAUUCUACCAGUUACUUGUGUAACAGCGGUUGCAAAUUGGAUAUCAGAAAUGUACACAGAUUGACACUAUAAAUGAAUGUUUGUUGAUUGUUUAUCCUGUUCAGUUUUGCCGUGGCAAUACAGAGUUAUGUUGUGAGAGUGCUGUCUCUUCGCUGGACCAGUGUUUUCAUUUUCCAGGAAGAGUAUUGUUGCCUCUCACCACACUUCUUUUCAUGAACUUACUGUGAAAUCAGGGGUUUCGCACAUUACACUCUCCAUGGAUAUUUUGGAUUUGGCCAAUUUAUCUUCGUACACAGCAUUGAGCUUCAUACAGUGGCGCCUGCUUGUUUCUUCAGUGUGCAACAGUUCAGUAUGGUGUUACCUGUUCUCUUAUUUCCACCAGAAUCUGUGUCUGGAAUGAAGGCGGAGUCCAGCCCUCCUCCCUACAGGCUGGCAGCUGUGUGUCUGGGGCUGCUAUGUGCUGCCCUAUUGAUUGCCAUCAUAGCCUUGAGUGUCUACCAUGGCACAUCCUCUCACAGUGCCAGGAAAGAGAUCACUACCCUGACUGCAGCUGUUGGCCAAUUACGGAACGAGAGGACCCAGUUCUUUACGGUCUUGUCUGAGAAAUUCCCGAUUCUACAACAGUACUGUCAGGUUGCAGAGAACGGUUCACAGGAGUUUAUCUGUAAAGCGUGUCCAUCAAACUGGAUAAACAUGAACUCCACCUGUUACUACUUCUCUUCUGAUGCAAUGAAUUGGAAUGAGAGUUUCUUUUACUGUAGAUUCCUGGGUGCUAACCUGGUGAUUAUAAACAGUGAUGAAAAACAGAAAUUUGUCUUCGAACACAGUAAAGAAACCUACUGGAUUGGCCUGAACGAUGCCGCAAAAGAGGAUACAUUCAUGUGGGUGGAUGGCACUAAACUGACAAAAGGGUACUGGAACAAGAGGCAGCCUGACAAUCACGAGGACGAGGACUGUGUGACUAUCAAUCCUGUGGCCAGCUUUCAGAUGGCCUGGAAUGACCUAAAGUGCAGCAUAAAGGAACGCUUUAUCUGUGAAGCCAAAGCCCUGGAUCUUUCUGCUGACUCACUCUCCUGAGCGCAGCCACUGCAACUACAGUACAUGUCUUGUCUGUGUCAUAGGAAAGAAAGACCGGAAUGUGUAUUGUAACGACAGCUAAAGGGAGAAAGGAUUUGAUAGUAUCCUGAUAUAUGUUGUUGUUGUAACUACUGUAUUUACUAUGAAACCACAGCUACCUCAAAACCCUGGAAGGAAAUUAAAACCCCUUUUAACAUCAGGAGUAGUAGCUCCCAUUUAGAAUGUAGACGCUAGAUUUUAGUGGAAGAAGGGUCCCCAAAUACCAUGAAUGUCUGCACCCAAGACAAAGUAAUACCAUUCAAUACAGGACAUCCACCCCAAAAUGAAACACAAUACAAAAUGCUGUGCACCAGAUCCCAUUUUAAAUGUGGAACUGAAGCACAGCAGAAUCAAGCCACAAGAUGGCUGUCCUAGCUUUGACUGUUGAUUGCUUCUCUGUAGCUUAAAUCCAAAUGCUCCUUGUCUUCCCAAGAUUGGCGACUCUCCAGCGGCAGGACGGAUCUCCAUGCCUUGUGUUUCGUAUGGAGCAGGAGACAGAUCAAUGUCAGUGGCCCCCACUAGAGCUCACUCUGUUAAGGGGCUUUGCUUGUGAAUAGUUCACCUGUUGAGUAAUUGGGUGACGGGUCAAUAUUUAGUUCCACCAAUAAAGCUUAGUAAUUCUAA